ACCCAGCACCGAUAAGUUACAAUCUCCAACUCUCCCUCCAUUCAAUCGCGCCCUCUUCCCUUCCCUCCUAACCCUCACCCUCUACCUAAUGUAACUCACCAUCCCUAAUAACCAACACAACACAACACAACCCUCAAAAAGAACCAUGACCUUCCCUCGUCUCCGGGGGCCCACGGCCACCCGCCUCCGACAGACCACCACGAUCACCACCAACACACCCUACACCAGACCAAUCUACCACCGAACAUUCACCUCAUCCACCCCCCAUUACUCCCCCACCGCACGCGAACCAACCUACUACGAAAUCCUCGACGUUCCCCCAACCGCCACCCAAGCCGAGAUCAAAAAGAAAUUCUACGCCCUCUCCCUCCAACACCACCCGGACCGCAACCGCGACGACCCCAGCGCCUCCAACCGAUUCGCCCAAAUCUCCAGCGCCUACAACACCCUCAGCAACGCCACGAAACGCAGUAUCUACGACCGCGACCACCACAUCCACAUCCAUGCAUCCUCGACCCACAGCACCGCAAACCCCGGCCAACACCCCAUGGGCAGCUAUAGCAGCUACAGCGCGAACCUGCACACGAAGGGGGCGUCGUACGCGGGGUCGCGCCCCGCCAGCGGAUUAAGUAAACGACGGGGUCAGUUUCGUGGGCCGCCGCCGAGUUUCUAUGCGCAUGGGGGGUAUGGAGGGACUGGGAGGCGGGCUGGUGCUGGUGCUGGUGUAGGUGGAGAGGGUAGUGGUGGUGGUAGUGCGAAGGGGACAGCAGAGGAUGAUCCGACGUCAUUUAUUCAUCGGAAUACGGUGUGGCAUUUUAAUGCGAAGGGGCAUUAUAGGACGCAGACGAGGGAGGAUGAGAGGAGGCAGGAGCGGAGGUCGAGGGAGAUGGCUGGGGCGUCGCAUAUUAAUGAUAAGUAUCUUGGGAGUCCUGGGGCCAUGGCUGUUAGGUUUAUUGUGGUCUGUGGGAUAUUGAUGGGGGCGGGCGCUAUGACGGGGGUGUGGAACGGUGAUCGGGCCGGUGGGCAGACGAAGACUACUAAGUCGGUGGGGAGGAAGGAGGGUUGA